UGCGGCCCCAGCCCCGGCCGCCGCCGCCCGCUGCCUAUUUUAGUCCGAGCGGCUGCGGGCGCGGGGACCCGACGCGCGCCGAGCAGCCUCCGGACCCGCCGAACCUCCGAGGCUUGGGCGUCCGGGCGCCCGUCGGGCCGCCGCGCCGGUGUCCCCCGCGCCCCGCCGCUCGCUGCUCCAAAGUUCGGCCAGCGCCGCCCAGGCUCGGUGCCAGGGACGAGCCAGGGCCGCCGGGUCCUGCACCGAGACGGUGCACCGUGUCGCCGCCGGCCCGGAGUUGGGAGUGUGAGGAGCAACGCGCUCAGGGCGCAUCCCUCGUAGUCCGCGAGCUCGGGAUCCAGGAGAACAGUGGACACGGACCCCUUCUUUCAGGAACCAGAAAAUCAAUACUAAGUCAACUAUUAAUCUUGUAUUUAUGAGCUAUUUCAGAAUUAUGUGAAGAGAUCUUUAAAUGACUUGAUCAUUUCAUUCACAACUUGAAUUUUCAAGAUGAAUUAUACUGAGUCCAGCCCAUUGGCAGAAUCGCCUGCAAUAGGUUUUACAUCUAAGUUAGAAAGUAUUAUACCUGUGCCUUCCAAUGAGACCACCUGUGAAAACUGGAGAGAAAUACAUCAUCUAGUUUUUCAUGUAGCAAAUGUUUUUUUUGCAAUUGGGUUGGUUAUUCCAACUACUCUUCACCUCCAUAUGAUUCUUCUUAGGGGGAUGUUAGCUAUAGGAUGCUCCUUUUACAUCAUGUGGGCCACACUCUACCGAUGUGCCUUGGAUAUCGUGAUCUGGAACUCAGUGUUCCUCGGUGUCAAUAUGUUGCAUCUUUCAUAUCUUUUGUUCAAGAAAAGACCGGUCAAGAUUGAAAAGGAACUCAACGGCGUCUACCGGCGGUUGUUUGAACCACUCCUAGUGCCUCCAGAUUUGUUCAGAAGAUUAACUGGACAGUUUUGUAUGAUCCAAACCUUGACAAAGGGCCAGACUUAUGCUGCAGAGGAUAAAACCUCAGUCGACGACCGUCUGAGUAUUCUCCUGAAGGGAAGAAUGAAGGUCUCCUAUCGAGGACAUUUUCUGCAUAACAUUUACCCCUGUGCCUUUAUAGAUUCUCCUGAAUUUAGAUCAACUCAGAUGCACAAAGGUGAAAAAUUCCAGGUCACCAUUGUUGCAGACGAUAACUGCAGAUUUUUAUGCUGGUCAAGAGAAAGAUUAACUUACUUCCUGGAAUCCGAACCUUUCCUGUAUGAAAUAUUUAGGUAUCUUAUAGGAAAAGACAUUACAAAUAAGCUCUACUCAUUGAAUGACCCCACCUUAAAUGAUAAAAAGGCCAAAAAGUUGGAGCACCAGCUCAGCCUGUGCACGCAGAUCUCCAUGCUGGAAAUGAGGAACAGCAUAGCCAGCUCCAGUGACAGCGAGGACGGCUUACACCAGUUCCUCCGGGGCACCCCCAGCGUGUCCUCUCUCCAUGUGUCCUCCCCACACCAGCGCGCCUCGGCCAAGAUGAAACCAAUAGAAGAAGGAGUGGAAGACGAUGACGAAGUCUUUGAACCCGUGUCCCCAAAAACAUUGAAAGUCCAUGAGUUGCCUUGAUCAGAGAGAAGAGCCAAGUUACCAAGAUGGAAAUGGUCUUGAAGAGAUCCUGAAAAAUACCAGCACUUUGUCACUGCUCUUAGAUUAUUCCGCUUUAGGACAUCCAGAUGGUACAAUCGAAGGGCAGAAAAGUGAGGAAGAGUCAAAAGUGGGAAGGUUAUUUUAGCUCUCUUUUCUAUUGGUCAGCUUUUUAAGUGGUGGUUUUCCUGAGCCUUCUGACUAAACCUAGUUCUAUUUUGAGAUACAUAUUUUCACAGUAUUUUCUAGAUACACUAUCAUUUUAACUUUAAAAAUCUUAGUGUUCUGUCCAUUCAAAUGCCUUUCCACUUACUUUUCAAGGCUGUGGUUCAUCUUGCUCACAGGCAGUUUUUUCUCUACCAUGGCGGUGGCGUUGUCUAUUCCAUAGCUUUAGCACACAAUGCAGGUUUGAAAUUGAGGUUGCAGUAGCAUUAAAAAGCAGGGAAUCUCAGGCUUUGCAAUUGAUUUUUUUAGAUGGAAAAUUUUAAACAAAGACGUGAUUCGACUGGUGUUUAUUUUUCUACCAGGCCAGACACAUUACCCCACUAGAUUGCCUUCCGCGGACGUUGUAUAGAUAGCUUGAUAAUGAACAAAGCAUCAGACCUCGCUCACAUUACCCUUGUAUUAUGCUAUUCAUACAUCAGUCCUGAAACCUAAAGCUGGAAAGAUUAACAGAUGGAAGUGGUUCUGAGCCCGGUGUCAGCUUUCAGCCACUCACCUGGGGUUCGGAGCCAUCUCACCCCACACAUCUAGUGUGGAAACACUUCACUUGGGGCGGGGCGGGGAGGAGAGGAGAGUCAGGUGGCCGAGCGAGUGGCAUAGAGCAGCUCCAUCCUUUGGUCGGGAUUCUGAAGUUUCAGGUUGUUCUUCCAGCCGUAGAUGUCCCUUUAACCGACACCCAGUUCUGUGGGGCCGGGGGUCGGCCACGGCCGUGCCAUGGACGCCCAGCCUAGCUAUUGCUAUGAGGGCCUUGAUUCCACUCUCCUCUCUACCAGAACCACAUUUUAGGACAUGGUGUUUGGCUGGUGGGGAGUGAGGAGCUGGCUUGGCUCACAGUCAGUCGGGGGGCUGUGAUUGUGGCACCCAGUUGGGCAAAGCCCAUUGACCGGCUGUGCGGCUUCAUACCCAUUGAUGUUUUGUUUCAUCCCCUAGAACAGUGAUGGCGAACCUAUGACACGCGUGUCAGAGGUGACACGUGAACUCAUUUUUUUGGUUGAUUUUUCUUUGUUAAAUGGCAUUUAAAUAUAUAAAAUAAAUAUCAAAAAUAUAAAUCUUUGUUUUACUAUGGUUGCAAAUAUCAAAAAAAUUCUAUAUGUGACACGGCACCAGAGUUAAGUUAGGGUUUUUCAAAAUGCUGACACGCUGAGCUCAAAAGGUUCGCCAUCACUGCCCUAGAACCAGCAUUGAGUCAGUGCCCUGUUAUAGUAACUGGUUAAGGAAAGUUCCAAGUGGAACUAUUUUCAGAUGCGUUGAGCCAAAAGAAGCACCUCUUGCCAAGGGGUAAUAUCUGUCAUUUUCCUAGAUCCUUCUUUAAAAAUUAAAGCCAAUUAUUUUAGUCAUUUCACUUGAGUAUGUUUACAUGCCAGGUCAUCACUGAGAAAAUUUGCACAGACUGGGACUCCAGCUCCCAGCAUCCCUCUCCAAGGUUGGCGCAGCCACAUCAACAGAAAGGCUGGCUUCGCUCUGCUACACGAGCCUCUCUCCGGGCGCCACAGGGGAGAUUUGUUUUGGGGAAAUGAAGCAGAGGUGAGCGGCUGAGCCUUGGCUUUAAGACGUAAAGAUAAACUGGGUUGAGCUGUACAUGUCUGUGCCUGAGGUCACGGUGUGGCCGUGAGGGGAUGGUGUUAAUACUGCUCUCCUUUCCUGGUGGGUAAGCCGAGUGGACCAUUUAGGUCACACGUGCAUAAGAGGAGUUACAGAGUCAGCCCACAGAGUCAUUGGAUGUCACAGCCUCCCUAAUAGAAAGUAGUUUUAGAUUCUGCUGAGGCUGCGCUUUCAUGUUCUGUGGGCGCACAGAACCUUGACCUUGGGAUCCCUGACCCCAAUCACGUUGAGGUUUGUCUCACGUUGUCACCUCAGAGAGGAAGGGUCGUCUCUAAGGCUCAACCUGGACAUGUUGGGAGGUUAUUUUCUGUAGUGCUGGGAACAGAGAUUUUGAAAGCACACUGCUGAAAUCAGGUGAUAGGAAGUGAUGUACUGCUUUUAUUACAAUGUGUGUGUGUGUGUAAGCGUGUGCACAUGCGUCCGUGUCAUGGGUAAGAAGACUGAUCGCAAGGUUAGGGAUUUCAAAGAGCCACUUAGCCUGAAUGGGAAACAUGAAACUGUUUUUAAAUACAGCCCUCUAAGGAAGACAAAGAGCCUCACGGAAAAGGAGCCGUGGCCACUGAGGGGCCCUCCCACAGAGACUCGAUAGCAAAGAAGCAGAUAAGGAAAUAGAAAAGAGCUCUCGGUGUAAGCUCUCUGGAUGACUUUAAAUCAUUUAUACAAAUGAGCAGCGUAUCUUUGUAUGAGGCAUAAAUGCAUAGCCAAAAAAAACCACACAUGUUUGUUGCCAAAGCCACCAAAUAAGAUGCUUCCUGUGAUUUUGGUAUUCACCUGUGUGACCAAGGUUUAGAAAACGGUCUGCAAAAAUUAUUCUAUACGUCACCCCUAAUCUAUGUUCAAGUGUAACAUCACGUCUAUUGUAUGAAUCUGGAGUGUAACAUUCAUACCAGAAUGUAUGUAUCAUUUGUAAUAUUUUGGAGCCCUCAUAAGUAUUUGUAUUUAUAAAAUAAUAGCACAGACACUAGAUAGAUCCUCGAUGAUAUUUAUGUAUCUUAAGUUAUAAUAAUGGGUGCUAUAUGAUUACUUUGUGGUUGCCAUCCUUUGCUUUCUGGGGUCUUUCCAUACCUCCCUAUGGUUCAGUUCCACCUGAAUCACUUGGACGCAUUCGUGCUUUGCUGCCUGCAGACGUCACCUUCUUCCUACGGUUCUCCAUCCACAGGUCUGAAGCUUUUCUGGUUUUAUAACUUGCAGCUGCUGAUUCCUGCUUCCCGGGUUCUAUGUUGGCCCGAAAACAGAGUCACUUGGAUGCUGGAAAAAUCUUUGGGGGGAAGUUGAUGUAACCUACACACUCCGCCCUGCCCCUGGUGCACAGGUAAUGACUCCGCCCUCCAGUGAAGAUUUUUCUGCGAGUGUGUGGUGGCCCGGCUGCAAACUUGGUCAGGUCCGGCCUUCAGGGUCCUGGUGCCCUCCUCCCUGCAGACCCCAGGGUGCAGCUCUGAGGAGCCUCUGUUUUUGUGUUGUGUUUGUUUUUAUUUUCAUCAUUUCCUUGGUCAUUUCUAAAACUGCUCUGUAGAAACCUCUGACCUAGCCAUGCCUCGGUUUCCCCUCCCCUCCCUCUUUCCAACCCUGGUUUCCAACCUCUUUUUCUAAUUAUCCUCAACUAGAGUGACUAGAGAUUCCCACCUAUUCAAUUCCAAUUCCCAAGGGCUUGAAAGGCUAGGAUACUGUGUAGGGAGCUUGAAGUCGUGGUGUAAUCUCGGCUUCAGUUCUGCUCGAGGGACAACCCCUUCUCACUGAGGGUAGCCAUGCCUGAUUGUCACAGAACCCCAGAUGCCUCGUGUAGGAUGACAAAUUGCAAGGGUCACUUAAGAAACCUGCUUUGAAGUACUAUUUACAGGUUCUGUUAUACUUACUUGCAACCUGGUUUUAAAGUACAUGAGGAUUUUAUGAAUGCUUUAUACAGUCACAUUUAUAAAAAAUUUACAUUUUGUCUGAAUAGAGCCUUAUUUAAAAUAUCUUCAUAUAUUAUUUAAUCAAAUAAAUUUCUUAUUUAAAAAAUA